AUGCAGGCCCGUUCGUUAAUUCUAGCACUUUUGGUGCUCUGCAUCAACGGAUUUACUUGGGGAAAUGGGAGAAGUGGCCGGGCUGGUAACUCCCGUCUACCUAAUAUUUAUGCCGUUGCGCUCACCGAGCUUCAGGAACUAGAGUUACAUCCUCUCUGCCACCGCGUCGCGGCGCGGCUCUUGGUGAACAACUGCGAACUAGUGGACGGCAAGGACGAAGCGACAAUCCUCACUGACAGCGGACGAAAGGUGCGCGACUUUGUCGACUCGUACGCAGCUAGUCUGGCCAUUUGCGAUCUUGAGAGAGGAAACUUCGUGAUUCCGGCGGAGUGCGCAAAAUUCCGGGAGCCGUCGCUUAGUCAAAUCGCCAUCAGGAACGAACCCCAGCUGCAUGUGAGCUCGGGAGAGAUUGGGCUAUGUCUCGCAGCUCUGGCUGCAUCAGACGCGGCUUGGAAUACCUGGGUCAGCUAUCGCCACAAGGCGCUACGCUUUUGCGAGGCUGCGAGGGCGGACCAUGAGAAGGCAAAAAACAUUUUGCUUUACCAGCGACUAACACAGGUUAUCGCUCGGCUUACCGAUAGUGUCGAGGCCGAGCUACAGCAGCGGCUAAAUGACCUUGAUAGCCGCGCCCGCCAGUCAGUGGAAAGAUUGGAGCAGCUCACGCCACAAAUCGGGCGAUUGAGUAAAGAACUGGCAAAAUUGGAAAGCUACCUCUCGGGAGACCUGAACCUGGCACUAAGACAGUCCUCGAAGUCCAUCAACGAUGGGCUCCAACACGCCGACAACCUGCAGCAGCUGUUGAGAAUGUUGCUGGCUAAUGUUCUGGAGAGCAAUUCUCAACUAGCCUUGGCGUAUGAGCAAUCUCUACAGCGCGCAUCUCAAAGAGUUAACGAUGACAUGGGGGCUCUGGUAGCUGUGUUGUCUACAGCCAUGACAUCCUCCAGUUCUCUCCAGAAGCAGAUACAACUGUCAGACAAACAGGCAGCCGUGCUCGCCCAACGGCAGGAAACCCUCCACCACGGCAUGGACCGGUUGGCUAUAGCAACUGAGACGCUGUCCGAAAAGUUUGAAGACCACUCGAGUAUGCUAAAGCAAGUAAGCAACAUCACCAACGAUAUUCUCGAUACCUUGGAAGAAACUGCUGUCGUAGCAUCUUCUGUCAACGAAUCUUUUAGUCGCGCGACGACUCUGCGCCGGUGGCCUUUCGCUAUCUUUCCCACAGCUACUCUUGUCCUGGGAUCAUACGGGCUUCCACCAUCGAUCCUUCGCAAUCUCGCUCUGUUGGCGCUAGGCGGGCUGGUCGGCUUCAUGGUCUCGUCUUACGAUCAACUCACGACCCAAUUAUUUGGUGCUUUGCAAGCUACGGCAAACAUCACAGAAUCUUCGCUCUGA